GUCAAGGUGGAGGUGUGAAGCAAGCCUAAAGGCGGGCAGAAUCAUUUUCAUGCAUAGUCAGCAAACUGGUAAUGAGCUAUUACUGGAGCAAUGGAUGCAAGAACCAUGCAAAAGAAGAUUUAAAUGGGUGUCACAUGGGAGAUUUGUUUGAUGAUGUUCUUGGUGCCUCCUCAUCCAACUACAUUAUGGUUUUGGUUUAUAAGCAAAGGGGGAGUUGAAUGAUCAAUCUUAUCACUCUCACAAGAAGAAGUCCUUGAUAACUUAGGAGCAAAAAUGGCUUGUCAUUUUCGAUCCAUAAGUAUGCCUACGAAACGCUCCGCCGUGCUGAAGUUUGAAGAAGUGCCGCAGAAGCUAAGAGCUUCUGUGGAUUCUUCCUCCUCAACCGCGCAGAUGAUGUUAGAUAGGGUGAGAGGGAUCGGAUAUUUGUAUGAAUGCAUCGAGGAGCUUCUUUCUUUGCCGAGCAACCAAAAUGGUCUAUCGCACCCGCAACAAUGGAAAUGGGUGGAAGGAGAACUGGAAGAGUCUGUUGCAUUGCUCGACACCUGCAGUGCAAUGCGGGAGAACUUGGCUGCAAUGAAAGCGCACAUUCAGGAACUCAAAUUCACGAUUCGAAAAGGGAAAAAUGCAGCCAUUGAAAGCAAAAUGCAAGGUUACAUUCGAUUGGUGAAAAAGGCAAAUAAGGAUAUCAAAAAGCAGAUGCUUAACCAGUGUGGGGCUAUUUCUCACAUGAAAAAGCAUCAAGAUCUAUCAAACACAAUCAGGCUAUUGAUCGAAGCGAGAGAGGUCGCUGUCUCUUUCCUCCAAACUGCUAUGUCAUUCUUGUCAAAAGAAAUGGUCAAGCCCAAGACUAGCAAGUGGCCUCUUCUCUCGAAGACAUUUCAAAAGAGGAAAGUAGCAUGCGAUGAGGAGCGAGAGGAUGAAACCUUAUUCUUUGCUUCUUUUUCUAGCAAGGAUUUCAAUGAACAGAAUGCUCUGACGGCGCAAAACCAAUUGCAGACAUUAGAGGCCAUCAUUGAAGGUCUAGAGGUUGGACUAGAAUGCCUAUUUAGACAACUGAUCCAUUGCAGGGUUUCGCUUCUUAAUAUUUGUAGCUUAUGAAAGAUUUCUUCAUACCUUGAUCCUCUAGCACUUAUUAAUUGGCAUCCGCAUUUUAGAGGAUUCGCUGAUUGGAAAUCUUUCGUCCUUGUACACAAGUAUACAACUCAAAUGAUGUAUAGCAUGCAGUUGCAAAUUGAGAUUGCGUGUCUAGUCCUUUUUGAUCACAA